AAAAAACUUCAAUCCCAAAGAAAAACAGAAUCAGUAAAUGUGUAUAUGGGUGACCACAUCAAGGACAGUUAUGUAGCAUUACAAAAAGGGAUUUCAGCCAGUGCAAGCAAGACACGGGCAUAGCAAAUACGAGACUGAAGUGAUCUCUUGCUGAUCUCCUGCAAGACCCUUGACUCCUCACUGAGGAGACAUGGAGGACCUGAGGGGAGCUGAGUUUGGGGGUUUGUUGGCUCCAAGCCCACAGAGUGAGGCUGUAACCCAUGAGAUGGGCGAGCUGUCGCUGCACCCCAGCCAGAAGCUGCCUCCCCUCAAUGAGCGCAAGAACGUUCUCCAGCUAAGGUUGCAGCAGAGACGCACCCGUGAGCAGCUUGUUGAUCAGGGCAUCAUGCCACCCCUGAAGAGCCCAGCAGUGUUCCACGAACAGAUCCGCAGCCUUGAGAGAGCCAGGACUGAAAAUUUCCUAAAGCACAAGAUCCGCAGCCGCCCAGAAAGGGCUGAGUUGGUUCGCAUGCACAUCUUACAAGAGACAGUGGCAGAGCCCUCACUGCAGGCCACACAGCUGAAGCUGAAGAGAGCUCGAUUGGCUGAUGACCUGAAUGAGAAGAUCGCUCAGAGGCCUGGCCCCAUGGAGCUGGUGGAAAAGAAUAUCCUGCCUGUAUACUCCAAAAUUCUAGAGGUCUAUCCAUUAGAUGAGGACAGUGGUGAUGCUCUCUCCCCUGAGCAACCAGGCAGUCAGGAGUCCCAAGGGUCUGCAUCCUCACCUGGAGAGGUACGGACCAUGGAGGUGCCCUCGCCACUGCCCAAUAACUUGUUACAGCAGUGUCCACCAGUCACAAACACUUCAACAGAUUUCCUCAAGCCUUUUUCCACUAAUGAGCAAACAGUUAGCCCUCCAGCACCCAUGAUACAGCCAGUCACCACUGUGGUCCCUGUAAAGUCUGGACUCACGCUUAUAAAGCAGAGUCAUCCUAAAUUACCUGGAGACAAGAGUCGCAGCAAGAAGAGCAAGGAGUCCAAGCCACGUGUUAAAAAGUUGAAAUAUCAUCAGUACAUUCCCCCAGACCAGAAACAAGAGCCUGACCAAGCCCCAAUGGACUCCUCAUAUGCACGCUUGCUACAACAACAACAGCUGUUUCUGCAGCUACAGAUCCUCAGCCAACAGCAACAGCAGCACUACAACUAUCAGACGAUCCUCCCUGCACCUCUCAAGCCUGUGAUAGAGGGCCAAAACAGCAGUGCCACAGUGGCUAUCAACAGCACCAGCAGCCUUCCUGCCUCUAUUGUGGUGUCUCUGCCCCCAGCAACACCUGUGCGACCCAACAGCACCCUGUCCAAUCGCAAGGCUGGCACACUACCAGCCAACCUCGAAGAGAUGAAGGUGGCAGAGCUGAAAAUGGAGUUGAAGUUACGUGGUCUUCCAGUGUCGGGAACAAAAACUGACCUUAUUGAACGGCUUAAGCCUUUCCAAGAUAACCAUGUCACUGCUGCAUCCAACAACUGCAGCAGACCUAAUACACAGCCCUGUGGCACACCAAUGGAGGUAUCCAGCACCACUACAACCCUCUCCCCCAACCAGCAGCCCUCAAAAAAUAUGAGAUCCACCUUGUCCUUAUCUCCUGGUUCCUCAGAGCUUCAGUGGAGAGUUGAGGCAUCCAUGGAGGGAAAGGCUGAAGCCCAGAACCGCGUAAGCAAUAAUAUGGUUAAGGCAGCUCCUGUUCCCGAGCAGCAGGACCAAAGACUUCACGAAAAGGAGCGUCAGAUCAAGGAGCUGCUGCGUAAACUGGAGCAGGAGCAGAAGCUGGUGGAGGAGCUGAAGAUGCAGCUAGAAGUGGAGAAAAGAAGCGGACAGGCCGUCCCAACUGUAGAAAGUAAUAACAUUUCCAACCCAGCCUCUAUCUCGGCCUCUGUGAAGACAGAAAGAACUGUUCCUUCCAACUGCACACUGGGUUCACACACUACACCAACACUGUUGAAACUUGAAGACACACACCCCACCCAGGUGACUGCUUCACCUUUUCCUCAGUUCAUUAUCAGCCACAAAGGGGUGUCACAGGUCAUAGGACAACCCCAGACUCUACUUACCACUCAACAAGGGGGCACUCAGAUACUUUUUCCAAUGCCCCUGCCAAAUAAUACCACUACCAUCCAGCUACCCACUACUAAUGUCAAACUACAGACAGUUUUGCAGACUUCUGUCUCACCAUCAGAGCCAGGUCUCAUUCAGACUGCCCAGUUACAGCCCAACAAAGCUGAGAGUCAUUCAUCACAGCAGCUAGUCAGUCACAAACACAUGGUUCAGACCCUGCCUGUGGGCAUCUCUGAGGGAUCAGUUUUCCAACACGGUGCCAGUGAGAACCCAGCAGGCCUGGAGAUACCUCAGUGUUUCCUGAGCAGCUCCCCAGAGCAUAGUAUCUCUCUUCGGGCGUCCCCCAUCCCACCCUGCCUUAUCAAUGGGUCCCUAAAUAAGCAACCCACAGCUUUCAGCCAAAUGUCCAAAAACAAAGAGCCGCCCCGCUACGAGGAGGCCAUCAAACAAACCCGCAACCUACAGAAUCCUACAGUCUCAGAGACUCCCACAGCAACGAGCCAACAGAUGGAUGAUCUCUUUGACAUUUUAAUAGAAAGUGGGGAGAUGACCCCCUUUAGUGAACAUGACCUGUCUGUGCCUAAGAUGAUGCCUGUCACUGCUAGCAUCACCACCCUGCCUAUCAACACUGCCCUGUACCGACAGCCCGCCCAGGUGCAAAUGGCACCCCCACCGGCACUUAUGGUGGAGCCCAUGCCCAGCCUAGCUUCCUUGGACUCUGACAACCAGUUGGAGGCUCUGCUGGAGGGCACGCUGGUCAGGGACACAGAGCCAGAGCAGAGGACUUUGGGCCUGUUGGAGGAGCUGCAAAACCAGAUCCUGGAUCAGCCAAACUCCCCGAUGGACACAACCGAGCUGGGUUUCUCUGACCCGCCUUCUACAUCUCUCUCCUUCAGUUUGCACGACACUGGCCUGGACAACAUGGAGUGGCUGGACCUUACUAUGCCCGGGCCCAUAGGUGGACUCAACCCACUGGGUAUCGCCUCUGAAUACCUAGACACGCACGACCUGCAGCUACACUGGGACUGAAAGGAAUCACUUAUUUCCUUCAAAUACGAUUAUACUUUCACUCAUAUAUCUCUCGUGCAAACUAGCUGUCUGUCUGUGGGGCUUGCAGUAAGGGAAGUGGUGAUUUGUUUGUGUCCUUAAUGCUGUAGUUUGAGAGAGAGCGACCCUGUCCCAAAUGCUGGCCUAUCACCUUGUGGUCAUUCUCCCAAGUCCAUAGACUUUCGGGAAGUGGUGCACUGUGGAGUUUGCAUCAUUGCAGGCUAGGGCUGAAACGAUAAAAAAACUGUCGACAAAAAUGUUAAUUGUCGAAUAGACGUUUGAUCUUAUUUAAUGUAGCAUGAGAUCACAUUAAACUGUAAUGAUGAUGCGUGAGAGCAGCACUGCAGCAUGCGCCUGACUGAGGAAAAUAAUUACACAGAUCACAGUGCAGAUGCACUCUAAACUUUCCAAACAGCUUCAGCUUAUGUAGAUUUCAAAGUGCAAGGGAAUUAUACAAAAAUACCAAAUAAGUAAAUACAGAAGCACUCUCAUUGUGGAAUAAGUGGAGUCGGAGCUCUUUAAAGGAAACACCCCGGUGUUACAUCUUAAAUGCAGUUUUAAUGUGUGCUUUAUUAAAGUUCAAAUAAUACGGAUGCUAUGAGUUGGACGAAUGUCCCGAUCUAAGGGGGAGAGAUUAAAACUGCACUCGGCUGAUGCGCACUCUGGCGGGGACGCUCGUUGUUUUAAAUGUUGCUUCUCAAGUAAAUGUAUCUUGUUUUAAGGAUUUGUAGACAAUUUUAAAUGGAAAGCAAGACAAAAACACUUGAUAACAAUAGAUUAUUUGCAGUGAAUGUAAUUUAGAGGUAUUUUUAAAAGAUGAUUUUGUCCUCUAUUGUUAGUAAACACAUUUAGUACAACAUUUUAAGUCAGGCACAAGCUGAAUAAUUGAUUAACUAUGCAAUAAUUGUAGAAUAAUCAUUAGAUUAAUCGAUUAUCAAAAUAAUCAUUAGUUGCAGCCCUAUUGUAGGCACUGCAAAAGUCUGUGAUAAGGGCAGAUAGCAAGGGGUCAAGGCUUUACUGGUUAGCGUGGCACAGUUAUCCCUUUCUGGUAGAUGCUGUAUCUACACCAUCUGGCUGAAAAGAGCAUUUUUUUCCUUUGCUGGCCAUUCAGAAGUAAAUUUUUUGCAAGCAAAAUAUAAUUGUUUUGUCCUGUCUACUGCCUUUGAUGUCACAACUAAUCCACUAGCUGGAUAGUCACUAGUAAAUGGCUUGGGACUGUGUGCGUUCUUGAGGAGCACAAAGCGGGUGCUCUUGAUCACCCUUAAAAAAAUUAAACAACAAGCGAGACAUACCGUGGUCUUGCAAACUGCACAGACACACAUACGUCGGUCUAGACCACAAAUUCUCAUCAAAUGCCCCAUUUGGGACAGGGCAUUGUGUGGUGUGUGUGUGUGACAUUGUCAUUUGAGACAGCCUAAUAUCUGGCAGCUUCAUGUGACUAGACUUCACCUCAGCUGUAUACUUAUGCUGUGGUUCUAUUCACCAUCUGUUCUCAUUUACAUUAAUGCUGUUUUUCGAUCGGAAUGGACUCGAGAGCCUGUAAUGGUAUUGCUGGCUAUGUCAUGAAUGUGCUCUCUUCUGUGCCAUAUUGAGGGGAGCUUCUUUUGGGCAGAUUGAAUUAUGCUGUAUUGCUCAUAUUGUUGUUUUUUGUGGUCCUGUGCCAUUGGCAUCAGAUUUGUCUAUAAAUAUCCUCACGGCUAAUUCAAAGUCCUGAUUAGGAUGAGCAGUCUCCGUUUCAGGCAAAAGUUUGCUUUGCACAAAAUGGCCUUGAGCAGUGACACCAUUAUCUUUUGGUUGGUUGUGAGUGUCUGUAUAGAGGAUGAAAAUGUCAGAUUCAUCCUGGCUUAUGGCACAUACCUUUCCCAGAAUCCUUUUUUUUUUUCCUACACUGACUGCAGUAAUAUUCUGGUGUCUGCAUGAUUUUUCAUGGCAAAUAUCCUCCUGGAGAAGUUUUUUUUUUUUUUAUUAAAAUGUCAAAAUUUUAGCCAGUGUGACUUUUCUGAUCUGAAUUUAAUUGAAUUUGGAAUAUACAUUUAUUUUCAAGGAUGGAUGGCCAGAGAUGGACCAAUGUUUUUCAAAGUUGGAACAGUUGCAGAUUUUUUUGAGAUGAUCUUGGACAGGAUUGGAAGAUAUUGUUGGCUUGAUUUUGAUAUGAAAAUUCAGACAGAUUAAUCUUUUCAGUCCUAGAUGUAAGAGGAAAUUGUGGCUUAGUUCAUUUACAUCAUAGAUCAUCUCAGCUCAUAGAUCAGGAUUUCAGCCAAAUGCGAGGAACAAAGUCUGAUUCUGAUCGGCUACUGGUUCAUCUACCCCUACUGUAGACUGUUAAACAGUCUGAAAUGAAUCUAAUUUUGUGUACAUACUAAAUCUCUGAGAUACAAUAUUUGUAAAAAAAAAAAAAAAAAAGCUUAUGUAAAGUUUGACUUGUUAGAUGUCUGGCCCCUCAUGUGUGUCUAUAUGUGUGAUUGUACGUCACCUCAAUGGAACCUCUAUAGAAUAGAGUGAUUGACUAUUGAUUUUUGGUGCACACUGUGGUGAACGUUCCCGUCCUUUUUCCUAGAAUAACUAUAUUGCGCACUUUGUUUUGAGUUCAGACUAAUUUCCUUAUUUGUGUUGCCAUGGAACAAAUUUUUGCAAUAGCUGAUGCCUUUUUAAAAAAAUUAUGUAAAUGAAGCCAUCAGAGUUGACAGCUGACACUAAAUACAAUGAUCUCUUUAUCAGCACUAUAAUAUUUAUGAACAUAGGAGUUCUAUGUACUGUUUAUUCCUCCUGUCGAGGGAUUUAGAAAAUGCAAAACUCUCUUGAGUUACAUUUUAGAAGUGGUCCCGGACAGUUAAAGCAGUUACUGGUGACUGUUAUUGGCAGCUUAAUAAUUAAUUUUAGGAAGUCAGAGAACAAAUAUUGUCAAUGUUUGACACUAUUGAACUAUUGUCUGUUUUUGCUGUUUCAACAUGUCAUCAGAAAAAAAAAAUUCUGCACACUUGUUUGUCAACUUCCACCAUCAGUCAUGUCUUUGCUAAUAUGUAUGUGGGUGUUUUCAUCUGCCUCGUGGAAAAAUUGUACUUUUUUUUUUUUUUUUUUUUAUCCUGCUCUGAAAAAUUCGUCAUUGUUGUAAAAGCGUAACACAUUUCCAUUCAUUAAGGUUAUGUGAUGCAAGAUUUGUUGGAUCCAAAAGGAAAUGUUUCGAUGUAAAUGUUGUUUUUGUACAGCACUUUCUUGCUGCAGUGAAGAACUGCUCAUCACAGAUGGAUUAAUCGCACAGCAUCAAAGCACCUUUACGGAUGAGGAUUUGUAAAAAGAGAACUUUUAACUGCUUUAUUUUUUUGCUUUAAUGUUAUGUGUUGUUGUUAGCUCAGAGGUCUAACGAUUAAUGCUGCUUGUUAUUCAUCAGCUCUGUUUUAAGGCUUUGUACUCUGCAUACUGUAAAAAUUGUAGCCUCUCCAGGGAAGAAAUAAUGCCAGAUACUUGUCUUAACUAGUAUAUUCUUUCACUGCUACAUGCAGCUUGAGGACAAAUUUAGUCAACCAUUCAAUAUGUGUCUGACUGUUCAGAUCAAUUUUUGGCAUUUCUGGCCGCUGUGAUAAUGUGACCAAGUGUAAUAUUUUAUGAAUGCCUAUAAAACAUAUUCUCUGCAAGUGGAGGGAGAAGAAUAUUGAUACACUGGCCUUGCUAAGUUUCCUACAUGUGAUGCCAUGUGAGGCUUUUAUGGCAUUAAAACGAACAGUUCAAAUGACCAAAGAGGCCAAAUAUUGUUCUAUACGUGUUUGCCACUUAAUUUAGUUUGGGUUGAGGCAAAAAGAUGAAUUGUGUCAAUAUACUGUAAAGCUUAAAAAGCAUACUGUCCCAUGCAGUGUUUAACAUUGCAGUUGGAGAGUAAAGCAAUAAGUUAACAAAGCUGUGUUUUAUAUACAGUGCUGUAUUGUAUACGGUAUAUGCAGUAGAUCAGGUAUCAAAGCAUAAAAUGAAUCUUACAUCAUCUAUUUGCAUGGAUGAAAGUUCCAGCUAAGCACUGGAAACCUCAGUCUUGUGUUUUUGCCAUUUAGGAUAUCAAACCUCAACUCCUGUUAAGCUUCAUGUAGAUUUAGCAAGCGGCACUUAAAUUCCUUCCUAUUUCUUUAUUUCCAACAAUGUCUGCUGGACUCAUCUAUAAAUCAUGUUCUUCAUCAAAAAUAUUCAUGUAUGUUAUGUAUCAGUGGUGAAGACACUCAGCGAUUUUUAACUUCCACCUUUGAUCAUCCACCAAAUCAAGAGAAGAAUCAUCAUUUGUAUGCCAUGUUUUGCACAUUGUGUAUAUAUUUUAAUGGAUGUAAUACAUAUUUUUAUACAUGUUUGGCGCACCCAUGAGCUCUAUUUUGUGAAUAGUUUUUAAGAUACAUGUAUAUGUACACGCCAUCACGUGUCAAUUAAAAUUGAUGUAUUGUGAAACUACUGUUGUAGAUGAUGUUUUAAGUAUCUUAAAUAUAUCAGAGGAAUGACAUGCAAAACCGUUUCUGUUGUUGUUUAUUUGUGUUAUAAGAGAUUAUGCUGAACCUAACAAGCAUGAAACAUGUUACAAAUAAGUUCUCACAGUUAUUAUGCAUCUUUACAAAUGUUAAAUGGGCUCUUGGUGUCUUCCGUGAUAUAUUGGAAAGUUUCAUGAAAAGAAACCUUCCCAAAUAUCUACAGUAUACAGGUGAAACUCGAAAAAUUAGAAUAUCGUGCAAAAGUUCAUUAAUUUCAGUA